AUGGGCACGAAAUCAUCGCUUAAUUAUCCUCCGGGAGGAGUUUCCAGCCCGGAAACCCAGUCUCCCCACGGCUGGAGAGAAGUGUCCGCCGCCCCUCCUGCCGUGAAGGCGCUGCCGGGGUUCAGGCAGAGCCCAGGAGCUCCCCCGAGCCUGUCGGGUGCUGCAGGAGGAGGGAGAGGGACCCCAAAAGGAGCGCUGCUCCCCCUGAGGCUGUUCUUGCUGGAUGUUCGCACAGGCACAGGCCCGGUGAGGUCAGCUCAUGAAUAUUGCUUCAUUUUCCUGAGAGGCUCUGGCAGCGGCGGGUACCUCGUGCGCGGUGCCCGGCUCUCCGUGCAUGCAUUUCACCAGCCGGGCAGCGGACACAGUGGUGCUCUCGGGGCGGCGGCGGCGGAGGAGGCGGAGGACACCGCCGGUGAUGGACGCGUCCCCCAGAUAGCCGCCGCCAUGAGCCAGCCGCCUGCAGGGGGCGCCGCCGCCGAGCCGCGCCUGCAUCCCGAAGGCAGCAGCGGCAGGAAGCAGCCGCGGGCAUCCUCGCCGGCCCGGGCCCGCGACGCCGCCCGCGAGGAGGCGCCCCCUGCAGGGGGCGGCGGGGGCGAGCGGGAGGGGGCGGCGGCGCCGCCGCCCAAGCAGUGGCGGGGGAAAGCGGGGCGGUCCCCGCUGAAGGGCGCGGGGGAGGCGGCCCCGGCGCCUCCAUCUUCCUCGGGCGCGGGGAAGGGCCGCGGUGCGGCGGCGGGCGGCGGCGGGUACUGGAAGGAGGGAUGCCUGCAAAGUGAGCUCAUCCAGUUCCAUCUCAGGAAAGGGCUGGCGGCGGCCGCCCAGAUGCAAACCAAGGGCAGCAACCACAGCAGCAGCAGCGGCAGCGCUGCCUCCGCCGCCUCCGCGGCCGCCGCCCCGGCCGAGCCUCCCCCGGCCGCCUCCGCCUCCUCGCCCGCUGCCAUGGCGGCGGCCGGGGCGGAGGGGCUGCGGCAGGGCGAGGUGGAAGGCGACGGCAGGAGCUGCGGCCCCGAAGUCGCCCUGAGCCCCCACCUGCAGGAGGAGAUGCAAGAAGAGAUGGAGAAACUGCGGGAGGAGAACGAGAGCCUCAAGAACGAAAUAGAUGAGCUGAGGACAGAGAUGGACGAGAUGAGGGACAGUUUCUUUGAGGAGGAUGCUUGUCAGCUUCAAGAAAUGCGCCAUGAACUGGAGCGAGCCAACAAGAACUGCCGGAUCCUUCAGUACCGGCUGCGCAAAGCUGAGCGCAAGAGGCUCCGCUACGCCCAGACUGGCGAGAUCGACAACGAGCUCAUACGCAGCAUGGAGCAGGACCUCAAGGUUGCAAAAGAUGUAUCAGUGAGACUUCAUCAUGAGUUAGAAAAUGUGGAAGAAAAACGUACUAUAACAGAAGAUGAAAACGAAAAAUUAAGACAGCAGCUUAUAGAAGUUGAAAUUGCCAAACAAGCACUACAGAAUGAACUGGAAAAAAUGAAAGAGCAAUCACUGAAAAGGAGAGGAAGCAAAGACCUACCAAAAUCAGAAAAAAAGUCACAGCAGACACCAACAGAGGAUGACAAUGAAGACCUGAAAUGCCAGCUACAGUUUGUCAAAGAAGAAGCAGCCUUGAUGAGGAAGAAAAUGGCUAAAAUUGAUAAAGAGAAAGACAGAUUUGAACAUGAGCUGCAAAAAUACAGAUCAUUUUAUGGGGAUUUGGACAGUCCUUUGCCAAAAGGUGAAGCAGGUGGGCCACCUACCACAAGAGAAGCUGAACUAAAGCUUCGAUUGAGGCUUGUGGAGGAGGAAGCUAACAUCCUUGGGAGGAAAAUAGUGGAACUAGAAGUAGAAAAUAGAGGACUGAAAGCCGAGCUUGAUGAUUUAAGAGGAGAUGAUUUCUCAGGGACCACUAACCCACUCCUGGGAGAGCAGAAUGAAUCCCUGUCAGAAUUACGACAGCAUUUGCAGCUAGUAGAAGAUGAAACAGAAUUGCUGAGGAGAAAUGUAGCUGAUUUAGAAGAACAAAACAAACGCAUAACAGCUGAGCUGAACAAAUACAAGUACAAGUCUGGGGCCCAUGAGAGCUCUAGGCACCAUGACAAUGCCAAGACAGAAGCGUUACAGGAGGAGCUAAAAGCUGCACGAAUGCAGAUCAACGAGCUGAGUGGCAAAGUCAUGCAGCUCCAGUAUGAGAACAGAGUCCUAAUGUCCAACAUGCAGCGCUACGACUUGGCCUCUCAUCUGGGGAUCCGUGGCAGCCCGAGAGACAGCGAUGCGGAAAGUGAUGCGGGAAAAAAGGAGAGUGAUGAUGAUUCCCGCCCCCCUCACCGCAAAAGGGAAGGUCCCAUCGGUGGGGAAAGUGACUCCGAAGAGGUGCGCAACAUUCGGUGCCUGACACCCACGAGGUCUUUUUAUCCAACACCAUCAGGGUGGCAGAAAAGCUUCACUGACAGGCAGCAGAUGAAGGACAUUCGCUCUGAAGCCGAGCGUCUCGGCAAGACAAUAGAUCGCCUAAUUUCCGACACGAGCACCAUCAUCACAGAGGCAAGAAUUUAUGUGGCUAACGGGGACCUCUUUGGACUGAUGGACGAGGAAGACGAUGGCAGCAGAAUACGUGAGCACGAGCUCCUGUACCGGAUCAAUGCGCAGAUGAAGGCCUUCAGAAAAGAGCUCCAGGCUUUCAUCGACAGGCUCGAAGUUCCAAAGUCUUCAGAUGAUCGAAGUGCCGAUGAACCUUUGUCAGUGAGUCAGGUAGACUUUUACUUAUUACGGCCUACAGGUAAAAAGGCUCUGCCAAACAAAUUAAACCUCAAAUUCGAUCUAUGGCAGAAAAAGAAAAUUCUUUAUUCUAGGCAGUGGACAAAAAUCACUGUUUCUUAUAUUACUUGA